AUGAUCCAGCUGCAACAGAAUUUUUUGCGAUGCUGUUCAAAAAAAGCAAUUACCCAGGUUAUCAUGGAACUUUCGCAAUCGAAUGUGCAUGUAAAGAGGGAAGCAAAGUCACUGCCUAAUGGCGACGAAGAGUCGACGAUAAAAAAGAUACGACUCCUACUAUGUUCGGUGCAAUUUCUGAGCAUGUUUUUGUUAGUCGUGGAACACACAGGGAUGCCAUUUUUGGUGAGAGCAACAAAUAAGGAUAAGGCGUUCUUACCAACAACAUGCGUGUUUUUCAUGGAAAUAAUCAAGAUGACGAUCUGUUCCUGCGUGAUAUUCUAUUCCAGCGGAAGCCCUACAGGAUUCUUACAAAAAAUGCACAGCACUUUAUGGGUGAACAGGAUCGAAAGUCUCAAGGUCUCGGUACCUGCGUUCGCUUAUGCUCUGCAAAAUAACCUCUACUAUAUUGCUCUAGGAAACGUUGAUGCCACUACCUAUACAAUCACUUACCAAUUGCGAAUAUUGACAACAGCCAUAUUAUCAGUCGUGAUGUUAAAAAAGGAGAUAUCCGUUUGUCAAUGGGGAGCACUGACCCUAUCAGGUAUAGGCGUCAUACUGGUACAAAUGGAUGUACUCAGCACCCAUGUGAAGUCUGAUGGAGGAGUGAAAUGGCUUGGAAUACUUGCCACCAUAGGAAUGUGCUGGACAAGCGCUUUUGCUGGUGUCUACUUCGAGAAGAUGCUCAAAGGUGGAAAUAGCAACAUGUUUGUUCAAAAUCUUCGUCUUAGUAUAAUGACCCUGCUGUUUGCAUCUUGCACAAUGUGGACUAGCGACGGGACGAAAAUAAUGGAAAAAGGUCUAUUCCAAGGAUGGACAAGGCUUGUAUGGACGAUGGUAAUUUUAUCGGCAUUGGGUGGGAUAGUCGUAUCUGCCGUGAUGAAAUAUGCUGAUAAUAUUAAGAAAACAUAUUGCCAGACAUUAUCAAUAGGACUCACAGCCAUGAUUUCUGUGCUCAUAGGGGAACGUUUGCUAACUGUGAAUCUGGUGACAGGAGUAACUAUCGUCAUGGUUUCUCUGGCUGCUUAUGCUUUUUAUCCCCCAACCCAUCCACCAGCCACUCCUUCGAAUAAUCUUUCAAAAACGCGAGAGUACGAACGCUUUGUUUAACAUUAUCUCGUUGUGUUCAUGCUCAAGUAGAUUUAUCACAUCUUAUUAUUCACAUUCCUUGCAACAUUCCGUCUUUCAAAAUCACUCAGAUGACCAACAUGAUUUUGGAGCAAAAAAAAUGUAACAGUUGUCUAGUCUGAAUGGGUUCUCUCUAAUUUAUAGACACCCAUCAUCCUAUCAUCUGCUUUAUGGUGUCUUACUUCAACGAUGUCAGUUCAUAAUCCAGAUUUUACUGUUUGUAGCAUUAUCUUUACCACAAUUUUUGAAGCG